GGAUGUGAUGUUUGGGGUGUCAUGAACCACUUGGUUGUAGUUACACAACUCAGUCACUAGAUGGCAGAACUCUGUAAUAUGAACAGUGGCAGACGGUCGUUUGUUUAUACUUGUUGCAAUGGCGACCAUCACUGAACUGAAGUGUGCCGUGAGGGAAACGCUGGAGUCCCGUGGUGUGCUGGGCCAGCUGAAGGCUCGUAUCCGGGCAGAGGUGUUCAGCGCCCUGGAUGACCAGCGUGAACCUCGUCCGCCGCUGUCCCACGAAAACCUUCUCAUCAACGAGCUCAUCCGGGAAUACCUGGAGUUUAACAAGUACAGAUACACUGCGUCGGUACUGACAGCAGAGUCAGGCCAACCUGAAGUUCCCUUGGACAGACAGUUCCUGGCAAAUGAGCUGAAAGUCACAGAGGAUACAAGCUCCAAGUCUGUACCUCUUCUCUAUGGCUUGGUGUGCCACUUCGUGAACAGCAGUAAUAAUGGUGGAAAGCUGUUUCUGCGGGGUGCCUCUCUGCCAGCUGGUACUAGUUCCAACAACACAGUACCUGGACCUGAUGCCUAAAGGUUAAUGCACAAUGAGUAGUGGACUAAAAAGAUCCUUCUAAACUCCAAUAGAUGACAUGAAAUGCAGCAUCUUGUUAGAUUUUAGUGGCAUAAUCUUCUUCUCCAUAGUUUUUUCACUGUAUUCUCACCUGAGUGUAAUCUACAGGCAUUACAGCAUGGACUAUAUGAAUUCUGCUGAGCUGAUAAAAAUACACAAAGUCUUUGUAUUGCUUUAUACUGUAAGUUGCCAAUGAUCCCACAUGGCCUUAUUUUUGGUAGGUUUAGCAUCAGUCAUGGUGUUACUGCUCUCAGUAAUCUAUAAUGCUUGUUCUCUCAAUAAUUCAGGCACAAAGGUCAAAUAACAUUCCUAGAUGUCUUCUCUAUUUUAAUUUACAAAUGUUUGAUACUUUUAUAUUGUCUUUUUAGUUGUUGAAAAAUAAAUGUUUUAUAUUUAUACACUACACUGAAUCUAAA